AUGGCGAGACUCCUGCUGCUCGCCGCGACGGCCGCCGCCCUCUGCUGGCCCGCGGCCGACGAAGACGCGAAGCCGUUGUUCUGGCUCCACGCGCCGAAGACGGGCUCGAGCCUCCGCGAGUUUCUGGUCGACUACUCGUGCGGACCGCCGGCGCGACCCGAGAGUCCGCGAUCCCGGGCGGCCGCGGACCUCGCGCUGACGCGGCGCCUCGAGCGCUGCGCCCGCAACGCGAGCGCACUGUACCGGUUUGACGAGAAGUCGUUCAAGUACCACAAGUCCUUCUUCCCGAAGUUCGAGGACGGCACCCGCCGGAAAAGGCGCAACGGCGCGCGCGGCGCCCAGGAAUGGAUGAGGGGAGGCGACGCGCCGUACGCCACUUCCAACAAAUGCGCGCACGCGGGCGUCGCGAUAUUUAGGGAGCCGCGCUCCCGCCUCGCGUCGGCCUUCUUCAUGAAGGGCCGAGACCAAAAAUGCAUGGGCUUCCAGACGCAUGCGUCGUUACCAAAAAAGGUGACGACGGCGCUCUGCGAGCGGUUCCGGGCGCUGCCGGAGGCCGAGGCGCUGCGGGAGUAUGCUAAACGACCGGAGGUCCGGAACGUGCAAACGAAGAUGAUUCUCGGCAUUUAUCGCUACGCCGACCGCGCGGACGCGAGCCUGGACGUGGGCGAGGCGAUCCGGCGCCUCCGCGAGUGCUUCCCCUUCGUCGGCCUGCAGGAGCGGUGGGGCGAGUCCUUGUGGCUCUUCUCGCGGACGAUGCGCGGCGCGGCCCCGUUCAGUGCCGAGCGCGCGGCUGUCAACACGCGCCCCGGCGCCUACGACCGCGAGACGGCCGUACGGCAUCUCGACGACUACGUUGACCGGGACACGGAGCUGUACGCCGCGGCGGUGCAGAUCUACGAGGGGCGCCUCGCCGCCGCGCGACGCGGAGAAGCAUGUAUAUAAACUUGGAAUUAACUACACGUCGCGUCGAUGGCGUGUACCACGCAGCGACGCCGCCGCCGCCGCGAGGCAUUCCCGCGCGCAGGUCAAAAAAGUA